AUGCAAGCCACUCAGCUCAGCCAGUUCAUUUCAACCGCGGCAUUUGCGGCAGAUAAGCACAAAGACCAGCGCAGAAAGAAUGCGUCGAGCACGCCGUACAUCAACCAUCCACUCGGCGUCGCAGAUAUUCUAUCCCAGACUGGCCACGACGAUCUACCAACUCUUCAAGCAGCCCUCUUGCACGACACGCUCGAGGACACUGACACAACAUUAGCAGAGUUAGAGAUCACAUUUGGCAGCCAAGUGGCACAUAUUGUAGCAGAGUGCUCGGAUAAUAAGACCCAGUCGAAGCAAGUGCGAAAGCAGAUACAGAUUGAUAAAGCCCGCACUGUCUCAAUCAAAGCAAAGCAAGUUAAACUGGCAGACAAGCUGUAUAAUUUGCGCGACUUGCAAACAAAUUCACCGCCUGAUUGGGACAUACGACGUAUUAAAGAGUACUUUAUUUGGGCAGGCAAGGUGACGAGGCAGAUUGAAGACGCUUCACCUGCCAUAACUGAGCUGCUGGCACAAGUUUACGCGGGGACAUUCGAGAAGGACGGUGUUGUUUAUAAUUGUGUUGACAUAGAUUUGGUAUAA